AUGGCCAGUACACACCCUUCUGCUCUUUUCCAGCCGAUUAAACUCGGCAAUGCACAACUCAAACACCGCAUCGUUAUGCCGCCCAUGGCGCGUCUCCGCGCGACUGCCGAUCACAUUCCCACUGAUCUGAUGCGCGAGUAUUACGAGCAGCGCGCAACUGACGGUGGAUUGAUCAUUGCUGAAGGCUCUGUAGUCUCACCUAUUGCUGGUGGCUAUCGUCACGCGCCAGGAAUUUGGAGCGAAGAACAGAUUGCUGGGUGGAAGGCAGUGACGGAUGCUGUUCAUGCUAAAGGAGGCAUCAUUUACAACCAGAUUUGGCAUCCUGGCCGAGCCACAUUUGCCGCUAUGAUGCCAGAUAAUGCUCCACCCAUUGCGCCAUCGGCGAUUGCUGCUAGUGGCAAGAGCCCCCUGGGUAUAGACUGGGAAACUCCUCAAGAAAUGACACCAAAGGACAUCUUGGAUAUUAAGCAAGACUUUGUUACUGCAGCCAAAAAUGCAGUCAACAAGGCUGGUUUUGACGGUAUUGAGAUCCAUGCAGCUACUGGUUUUCUUGUCGAUCAAUUUAUUCGUUCGUCCAGCAACGUACGCACAGAUCAAUAUGGCGGAUCUAUCGAAAAUCGCUCCCGCUUUCUUUUAGAAUUGGUGGAUGACACUGUAGCUGCCAUUGGUGCAGAAAGAACGGCCAUUCGCCUCUCCCCCUUUGAUAACUAUAUGGAUAUGGAAGACGACACGCCUUUAGAAACGUUUGGUUAUAUUGUCGAGCAAUUGAAAAAGAAACAUCCAAAGUUGUCGCAUAUCCAUAUGAUUGAGCCAAGAUUGGACUUGUGGAAUGAUGACAGCGUCCUCUCUACUGAGAACACGCUUGAUUCAUUCCGUGAAAAGUGGGGUGCUGAUGGCGUCUUCAUUUCGUCCGGCGGUUAUACCUACUCACCAAAACUUGCAGAAGAAGUUGCUGACGCAACCGGCAAUUUAAUUUCCUUCGGUCGGUUGUUUACCUCGAAUCCUGAUCUUGUGGAACGCUUGCGAAACGGCUGGUCAUUUACCAAGUACGACCGAUCGACCUUUUAUGGUGGUGAUGGUAGAGGACUUACGGAUUUCACCGUUUACGACAAUUCGCAACAGCAGAAUCAACAGCUAUAA